AUGGCGGAAGAAGUGCUGAAGUCCCUUGAGGACAUAGAGAGCUACUCCUUCUACGGCCUGUGGCAUUGGCUGUCGGAAGCCAACGAUCUGCUGGAUCAGAUUGAUUCGAUCUCGCUCUCCAAGGCUCCAAAGACACAUGAACAGCUCCUGCUGGACCAAAAAGAUGAACUACUGAGCGCCCAGACACAGCUGCGUCGGCAGAUGGGUGCAGUGUUGGAGGAGCCAUUGACUCGACGCGAACGGCCCAAAGCCGAAGAGUUCUUAGAGGCUCAACUCCGGAAACUUCAAAGCCAGGCGUCCAAUGAUCGCAUGGCCAGCGCCGUGCAGCGCGUCCAGGCGCUGUUGGCCAAGGUGAAGACGUCGUCGGCAGCGGAGGCGAAGGAGGUACGGGACAUCGAGGAGCAGCUGAAGCAGGCUGAUGCGCAAUGGAAGGAGCUUGAGCCCAUCUAUGUCAAAUGGCAAGCGGGACGGCAUAGCUUCAAAUCCAACUCGGAUCUUCAGUCCUUCCAGCGCCGCUACGAGGAUGCCAAGAAGAUCCGCGCCACGGCCCCUGAGCGCCUCGAAGCUGCGCUGCGCCGCCGCCGUUCGACGGCGCCGGCGGAGCCGCCGCCGCCGGCGCCGAGCGCCGGCUGGGCGGCGGCGCGCAAGGCGCCGCCGAAGGCGGCGCCCAGCAACAGCGGCCGAGGUGCUGCAGCUGUGGCCUUGGACCAACCGAAGGUGAAGGCGAAGAGUUCCUGGACCAACGGCCUGACCUUGGCACAGCGGCUGAGGGCGGAAGCGGCAGCGCAGGUCCGCAGUCCAGCGCCGGACGUGGCGAAGAACGACGCGGACGGCGCCGAUGAUUACUUUUUCUGGGAGGAGACUGUCCGUCCGCCGCCACCGCCUGUUCUGCCUGUUCCGCCAGUUUCGGCUGAAAAGGCCCCACAGGACUUCGUGACCAAGGUGACCAAGUCCAAAGGCGUUCCACCCACGGCGCCAAAGAAAGCCUCAUUGGCAUCCAUGGCGAAUGGAGGACGCCGCUGGGGCCGCGUGGAAGUCGAAGAGUCCGUUGCCGAGUCCGAGGAGGAGCCCGAGGUGCCACCCGCGGCGGAGCGUGAGAAGAUCUUCACGACGUCGGCGAAGAAGAAGAGCAAAAGGAAGAAGAAAAGCGAUGCAAUGGGCGCCGAGGACGAAGUGGAAGAGUCGUCCGCAACUUCUUCGAAGUCUUGGGUCCUCACCUUGCAGGCCACGGUGGCCCACACCGUGCUGGAAGAGCUCUUGCGGCGAGAGUCCUGGAGCUUUGAGGAGCCGGAGGCGCGGAGUCGCCUGGCGUCCUUGGCUGAACGCCUGCCCUGGCAGUCGCCCUUAGGUUUUCUUCUGCCCUUCUCCUGGUCCUCCUUCCUGGCCCUGGACGUGGACGGCGGCCCCAAGCGUCGCUCGCGGCGGGGGGAGUCGGAUGCCUUGCUGCGGCUAAGGCACAACGUGCCACGCUUGUUGCCCCUCUACCUGACCUUGGUCUUUGGUCUUCUGAUCCUGCACGCCUUGUCGCACUUCGGGCUACUCAUGUGGAUCAUGGCUUUGCAGACCGCUCUGCUGCUGUUGCCGUUGGAUCAGCUGCCCAACUUCAAGGCCUCCGCGCAGGUUCAAGCGCUCCAAGCGGUACAUUUGUUGCUCUGGAUCUUUUUCGUGAGAUCGCUUUGGCAGAUGCACGUCCUAAUCAAAGUCUCCUGCGUGGCGCUGGUGGUGGGACAUGCCUAUUCCGUCAGCGAAGUGGUCAAAGAUGACCAGUGA